AUGCCCAUCUCCAAGACCUACAUAGUCGAGCACCUGGACCCGGAGCUGGGCCCGUGGUCCGAGCUGGAGUACAUCGCCAUCGCCAAGGAGACGGGCGAGGCCAAGAGCACCUUCGUGCUGUCGUCGCUGCCCGCCGACUUCCAGGUCCCCGACCAGCUGGCCGCCCAGCCCGCCUUCAAGGCCGAGCACCGCGGCGUCGAGGAGAUGUACCCCGCUGGCAACGGCAAGGAGCGCGUCUGCCUGCUCGACCCGGCCGCCGAGAAGGACCUCAACCCGGACGACCGCGCCGAGUUCGACGUCUUUCUGUUCGGUGGCAUCCUCGGAGAUGACCCGCCUCGUGAUCGCACCUCGGAACUCCGCAAGAAGGGCUUCACCGGCCGCAGACUGGGCCCGGUGCAAAUGACGACCGAUACCGCCGUCCGCGUGACACGCAUGGUUAUCGAAGAGCAGUAUACUCUGAGCAAGGUCCCCUUCGUCGACCACCCGGAUCUCAAGUUUAGCGAGCACGAGAGCACGCAGAUGCCGUUCCGGUAUGUGACGGACAAGGACGGGAAGCCAAUUAUGCCUGAGGGCAUGGUGGAUCUCAUCAAGAAGGACGCGGAUAAGAGCAUUGAUGAUUUGUUUUAG